AUGCUGGAGGCUGUGAGGCUCCACGUCGCCGUGCUGAAAGGGGGACUUGAGGAUCACACCUACCGCUGCAACCUCCUCCUGCGAGCCUGCGCGAGGUCCGGCGCGACCCGGCACGCCGAUGACGUCCUCCGGAGGAUGCCCUCGCCCAACCUCGUCUCCUUCAACACGGUGCUCGGGGGUCACCUCCGCCACCGCCGUCCCGACGACGCCCUCGCGCUCUUCCGCCGUAUGCCGGCGGCGGACUCUCGCACCUGGAACAUCCUCAUCGCAGGGCUCGUCCGCAACCAGAGGCACGGCGAGGCGGCGGCGCUCUUCACCGGCAUGCUUCGGGGCAGCGUCACGCCCGACGACGUCACCUUCGCCGCUGUUCUCCCCUGCUGCGGCCUCCUCCUCGGGCGCCAAGUCCACGCGCUCGCGGUGAGGGUUUGCUCCUGGGCAGACCCCGUCCUGGGAACCAAUCUUGCCAGAAUGUACGCCGCAGGCGGAGAGAUCUAUGAUGCUGAGAAGGUGUUCGAGGAUAUGGCGGAUAGAGACCUGGUUGCCUGGAAUGCCCUGAUCUCUUCCUACUCCAAGCUCCGGAUGGGCGACCGCGGCUUGCGGCUCUUCCGUCAGAUGAUGGUUUGCGGGACGAGGGUGGAUGCCUUCACCAUCGCCGCUGUUCUCGACGAGAUCGCGGGAAGGUCGUGCAUCUGCGGCGGGAUGCAGAUUCAUUCGCUGAUGAUCAAAUCCGACUUGACUGGGGAUCGCUUUACCUGCAAUGCGCUGCUGAAUCUGUACUCGAAAUGGGGUUCCCCGGCCGAUGUAGGCAAGCUGUUCGACGAAAUACUGGAACCAGAUCCGGUGUCCUGGACUCUGCUGAUCGCAGCGUUCUCGCUGAGCGGUCGCCAGGACGAAGCAAUGGAAACUUUCCUUCGGAUGCGGAUCUCUGAUGUUCGCCCCAAUUCGUUCACCUUCGGAAGCUUGAUCAGCUCCUUCUGCGGCACCAACUCCUUUGACGGCGCCAAGCAAUUCCAUGCUCUAAUCUUGAAGACUGGAUUGGAAUCCGACGUCGUCGUCGGGAGCGCCAUCGUCGAUACCUAUUCGAAGUGUGGCGAUAUUAUGGACGGGAUGAAGCUCUUCCGAAGCUUGCCUCGUAAGGAUCUCGUUUCCUGGAAUGGAAUCAUCUGUGGCCUGGCUCAGAACGGCGAAGCAGCAAAGGCCAUGGAGAUCUUCGACGAGAUGGUGGCGCUCGACCGGGACGACGCCGUCCCCAAUGCCGUGACCUUCGUCGGCCUUCUCAGCGCCUGCAGUCACGGCGGCCUGGUCGGCGAGGGGCUCCGAUACUUCUCCAAGAUUCUCCCAGCGUACUCGAUCUCGCCGCAGGCGGAGCACUACGCCAUCGUCAUUGACAUCCUAGCUCGCGCCGGACUAGUGGAAGAGGCGGAAGCCAUCCUCGCGGCGUCUCCUCUCCAACCUGAUGCGGUAACCUGGAGCACGCUGCUAGCGGCAUGCAGGAAGCACGGGAACUUGACCGUGGCGAGGCGCAUAGCCGGAAAGCUUCUCGCCGGCGGCCGGGAGGAUCCCUCGCCCUGUGUCCUGCUGGCAAACCUGUGCUCCGCCGGCGAGGAAUGGAGCCGCGCAUCGAAGAUCAGGGAACUAAUGACCACCGGCGGCCACGAGAAGACGCCUGGCAAUAGCUGGAUUGAGAUCAGGGGCUACCGCCAUUCCUUCAGCGCUGGUCUGGCUCACCAUUUUCCCGAUCGCCAUUCACUUUAUGAUACCCUUCAAACGUUGCAGUCCCACUCGUUCAGUUUGGCCCUUAACCUCGGGUGA